AUGAGUGAGUCUAUGGACGUCAUCACCCAUUUUGGGCCAGAGGCAGAUAAACCAGAGAUUGUAACCGCAUUAGAAAACUUAAAGAAACUACAUGCACUGACGGUUGAAGAUCUGUACAUUAAAUGGGAGCAAUUUUCCAAUCAAAGACAUCAAAUACACACAGAUCUAACAUCCAAGAAUAUAGAUGAGUUCAAGAAAUUCUUGCAAUUACAAAUGGAAAAGCGUGCAAAUCUGAAUUCAUCCACUUCAAAGAUAACCGCAUCUACCAAAAAACCAGUUAUAAAAAAAAAUUUGAAUUCGAGUCCUUUGUUUGGUCUUCAUAUUCCGAAAACACCAACCUUGAAAAAAAGAAAAUUGCAUGGUCCCUUUUCACUCAGUGAUUCCAAGAAAACUUACAAUGCAAGUUCUGAAACAGAACCAAAUGGAAAGGAAAAUGGUUCUCUUAAGUUAGAGUUUACACCAGGCUUAUUGGGAGAUGGCGGGGAUAUAAAGGAUUCUCUGUCACAAGUUAAAAACCCAGACGUUAAGUCUCCGAACCCAUCAACUUUCCAAACUCCAACAACGAACACCCCGACAGCACUGAAGCAGAAUUGUACUGCCGGCAAGAUUUUAGAUUCCCUCAACCCUGAAAACAUUGAAGUAUCGUCCGGUAACUCCAAUGUAGAUAUUGUGCUGGGCGAAGAACUAUCAACCAAUGAGGUUAAAGUUGAACCUUUUUAUGAUGCUAAAAAGUAUAAAUUCAGGACAAUGAGGCAAAAUUUACAGGAAGCUUCCGAUGUUCUCGAUGAUCAAAUUGACUCAUUUACCAAGAUUAUUCAAAAUCAUUAUAAAUUAUCGCCAAAUGAUUUCGCUGAUCCAACCAUUCAAUCCCAGUCUGAAAUCUAUACUGUUGGAAGGAUUGUUCCAGAUUCGCCUACCUACGACAAAUUUUUAAACCCAGAAUCUCUUUCCCUAGAGACUUCAAGGAUGGGUGGAGUUGGAAGAAGAGUAAGGCUAGACCUAUCACAGGUAAAUGAGCUUUCUUUUUUCUUAGGACAAAUUGUGGCGUUCAAAGGUAAAAACGCGAACGGAGAUUAUUUUACUGUCAACUCUACAUUAGCACUACCUUACCCAAACUUGCCAGUAUCUACAUCAGAAGAAUUGCAACAGUGCCAAGCAAACUUGGAGGGUUCUUCUUUGAAGGUUAUAGUCACAUGUGGCCCAUACUUUUCCGACGAUAAUUUUUCCUUGGAGCUACUGCAAGACUUUAUUAGCCGUAUAAAUAACAAAGCAAAACCUCAUGUUUUAAUAAUGUUUGGCCCAUUCAUAGAUAUAACUCACCCUCUAAUAGCCAGUGGUAAAAUACCAGUUUUUCCCCAAUUCAAAACGCAGCCAAAAACAUUGGAUGAGCUUUUUCUAAAAUUAUUUACACCUAUUCUAAAAACCAUAUCACCGCAUAUUCAAAUCAUACUGAUACCCUCUACAAGAGACGCGAUUUCCAAUCAUGCUGCAUAUCCACAAGCCUCUUUAAAUAGAAAGGCUUUACAGUUACCCAAAAAAAACUUUAAGUGCAUGACUAAUCCUUCUUCUUUUCAAAUAAACGAGAUAUACUUUGGUUGUUCGAAUGUCGAUACGUUCAAAGAUCUAAAGGAAGUCAUUAAAGGUGGCAGCACUUCAUCAAGGUAUAGACUGGAUCGUGUUUCUGAGCAUAUCUUACAACAGCGCAGAUAUUACCCCAUUUUCCCAGGAAGCAUUCGUACUAGAAUAAAACCGAAAAAUGAAUUCUCAAACGAGGAAGCUAGUAAUACGAAGAACAAUGCGGGAAAAGCUUAUGAGCAUAUAUCAGGUACAGAUUUAGACGUGAGCUAUCUGGGACUAACAGAAUUUGUCGGUGGGUUCUCCCCUGACAUAAUGAUUAUACCUAGUGAAUUACAGUACUUUGCAAGAGUUGUUCAAAAUGUAAUUGUUAUUAACCCUGGAAGAUUUAUGAGGGCAACAGGUAACAGGGGAUCUUAUGCACAAAUUACCGUGACUUGUCCAGAUCUUGAAGACGGGAAUUUGACGCUUGUAGAAGGUGAAGAGCCCGUCUAUCUUCAUAACGUCUGGAAACGCGCAAGAGUUGACCUAAUCACUACUUGA